AUGAAUUUAACUGAAAAAUUGCCUUGUUUGUGCCAUGCUCUUUUAGAACAAAAAUCUGUUCAAAUUAUUUGUACUGGGACUUUACCAGAGAAAAUAUGGAAUGAAUUGAAUGGUUAUAGUAUUUCUAUUGGAAAAAUGGCUAUAAGGGAUUGCUCCGAAAUUAUUGAAAAUUUUCAGCCUGUGCCCCCAUUGACGAUUCGAAGUCUAGAAAUAUCAAAUUGUCAAAUUAACCAAAUGCCUCCAACUUCUUUUGACUCUCUUUCAACUUCUUUGGAAGAACUUUGGUUGCUCAAUAAUUCCCUUACUUCUAUUCCAAAAUUGUCAAAAUUAAAAAAUUUGGUUGCUUUGAAUUUAAAUGUGAAUGAAUUGAAAAAGUUUCCGGACAGUUCUUUAAUUGGAUUGAAGAAAUUAAAACAUUUAAGACUUAAGAAGAAUAAAAUCUGUUCUCUUGUGUAA